AUGACGUGUUCCAUAAUUGGCAUUUUGGUCACUGCGGCGACCCAAGAUCGAUAUGGUAGUGCCAAGUGGAACCUUCCGAAUCUUCUCAGCGCAGUAAUUGAACAUGGAAGCUCGCGCUCAAGAGCUGCAGCCUUCUUCGGUGGUGUCGCGUUGGUGAUCUCGCAAAUGGGUGUUAAUGUUUCUGGCAAUGCUCUGGCUGGAGUGCGUCGAUCAGGCUUCGAUUUGGCAGCUCUUCUCCCACGAUAUAUCAACAUCCGUCGUGGUGCCUAUCUCACUGCUCUUGUGUCUAUCGCCUCGAAUCCUUGGAAACUUGUGAACACCGCCACCAUAUUCCUCACGGUGCUCAGCAGUUACUCUGUCUUUCUUGGUCCUAUGACAGGACUGAUGAUUUCGUCUUAUUUUGUGAUCAAUAGACAAAAGAUCAAGGUCGACGACUUAUACAUAGGCAAUAGUACCAGCCUAUACUGGUAUACCUGGGGAGUCAACUGGCGUGCGUUAGCAGGGGGGAAGCCAUAUCAUGGCACCAAUUUAUAA